UCUCUGUCGCUCACUCGUUGGAUUUCUUUCUCUGCCAGCCUUUUAAAACAGAAAUUACUGGGUCAGUGACAUACCUUUUUCCUCUUUUUCUAGAAUGAUCUCAUGUUCAGCCUCCGGCAGAAACACUGUACCUGAUUAACAAACCUUGAGAACACAUUCAUCAUUUUGUCAGGCUUGACCAAUCAAUUUUAUAAAAACCUAAGGAUAUUUUGAAAAUAUCUGCCCAAUAACUGCCCAAAUUUCAGUCAAGGAGAGCCUAUUAAUAGAAAACGUGCCAUACAUUUUUAAUCUGUGACCAAUAAUGCCUUAAUUACAUGGUGAAAGUCUGCUGGUGGAGGAAGAAGACUCCUUUUGUUAAGAAAUUUUUUCACUGAAGAAGGCUGGCACUCCCCUAUAAUAUGAAGCCCUCUGAGAAAGGCUGGCUGCUUCUACUGUUGCCUGUUGUGUUAAGAGUUGUGUGCUCCUCCUUUAUUAGUGUGAACCUUGGGGUGAAAGUGAUGAAGGGACAGUCUGUCUUCCUGUCAGAAGAAGACCUCAACUUUUCCAUCCCCAGAGAGAAAGAUGUCUGCAAAGUAGAAGUGAUCAAUGAGCCAAUAACACAGAGGGUUGGGAAACUUACUCCACAGGUUUUUGACUGCCACUUCCUUCCUAAUGAAGUCAAAUAUACCCACAAUGGAUGUCCGAUUUUAGAUGAAGACGUGGUCAUGCUUAGGCUGUACAGGUUUACAGAAACAGAAACGUUUGUAGAAACAUUCACCCUUCAUGUGCAGUUACUUGAGCCAGACUGCAACAUCAUAAAAAUUCGGUCCCAUGCGUUGGAGGUCCCUGAAUACUACGGUCUGUCCAGGGUGAUUGACAAGAACAUCCUCACCUUUGAUUACGACAGGAAGAUAAACUUGGACUGCACCAUUUCCAUAAUCUCUUCGGAAACUCACCUGCCUGCUCAUGGCCUGCUUAUUGCCGGGAAAGUGCAGCAAGGGCAGUUUGGUGGAGAUCAGCCAUGGAGCUUCUUUCCUGGCACUAAGCACAACCUGGGCCAACAGUGCAGAAACAGGAGCUGUGCACAGGGACUAGGAGACAUUACCAACAAAAAGAUGAGCUGUGAAGAAUUUCUGAGGAUGGGAAUUCAGUAUCGACACCUUGAUCCCCCCUCACCUGACACUGAUUAUAUUCCUGUGAGGUUGGAUCUCUCAGACAGCAGAAGCAAAACUCUGCACAAGACGGAGUAUGCAUGGCUCCCUGUUCGGAUUAGAGGUGCUGUUCCCAACCGAAGACCCAAAGCUGCCCCAAUGGCAAAGUUCAUCCUGGAAGUAGAUCAAUUUAUUUUAACCCCUAUUACAACCACAACCAUUGAUGCUGAAGACAAUGAAACUCCAAAGUCUCUGCUUAUAUUCAACAUCACCAAGCCACCUCCACGAGGCUUUAUCACUCACCUCUCCGACCACACCAAACCUAUUGGCUCCUUCACGCGGAAGGACCUCAGCGACAUGCUCAUUGCUUAUCAGCCUCCAAAUAACAGCCACACAGAGAGGAGGAAUUAUGAGGUGGAGUUUGAGGUGCAUGACUUCUACUUUGAAAGGAGUUCACCAAUCACUGUGCAUCUGUCUAUCAGAACAACAGAUACAAAUGCCCCACGGGUUUCGUGGAAUACAGGACUCAACCUGCUAGAGGGGCAAUCCCGACCCAUCACAUGGCAGCACUUCCAAAUUGUAGACAACGAUGACAUCCAAAAUGUUCGCUUGGUCACAGUUGAUGGCUUACAGCACGGGCAGCUCUCAGUCAGAGGAGGGAAAGGAUUCAUGUUCACUGUCUCUGACAUUCAGGCUGGAGUUGUCCGCUACCAUCAUGAUGACAGUGAUUCUACUAAGGACUUUGUGGUGUUUAGAAUUUUUGAUGGUUCCCACAGUAUUCGCCAUAAGUUUCCAAUAAAUAUCCUCCCUAAAGAUGACAGCCCUCCAUUUCUGAUCAGCAAUGUGGUCAUUGAAGUUCACGAGGGACAGACAAUCCUGAUUCAGCGCUCCAUGCUCCAUGCUUCGGACAUGGAUUCCAGUGAUCACUACAUACUAUUCAAUAUUACCAAGCCACCACAAGCAGGAGAAGUCUUGAAGAAACCAGGACCAAACUUGCUAGGGUAUUCUGUUAACAGUUUUCUUCAGAGGGAUCUAUUUAAUGGAAUGAUUUAUUAUCAUCAUUUGGGAGGAGAAGUAUUUGAAGAUUCCCUUGAGUUUGUGCUAUGUGAUAGUCAUGACCCUCCAAAUCUCUCAGAGCCACAGGUGAUGAUGGUUCACAUUAUCCCUGUGGAUGACCAGCUGCCCAGAGAAGCUCCAGGAGUGACCCGCCACCUGGUUGUUAAGGAGACUGAGAUUUCUCACCUAACUAAGAAACAUCUCCACUUCAUAGAUGUGGAGGAGCAAGACAGGGAGCUCACAUACACCAUAACCACUUCCCCAUUUUUCUCUUGCACCUAUGGCUACUCAGAUGCUGGGAAGCUGUUUAUGGUGGACACCAUCCCCAAACUGGUCAAGGAUCCUACUGCUCUUGCACUGCGGUCAUUUACUCAGCAUGCUGUGAACUAUAUGAAAGUUGCUUACAUGCCACCCCUGCAGGACAUUGGACCCGAACCUCAGCAAGUCCAGUUUGUUUUUUCUGUCAGCAAUCAGCAUGGAGGCACUUUGUAUGGGAUUUGCUUCAAUAUUACAAUUCUUCCUGUGGACAAUCAAGCCCCAGAGGUUUUAGCAACCCCUUUGAGAGUGCAAGAGGGUGGCACGACCCCUAUUACAGAGGGACACGUUCUCAUCUCUGAUUCUGACACGAAAGGAGAGCAUCUCUUCCUGCUCCUGCAGAGGCAGCCGCAGCAUGGGGUGGUGGAGCUGGAUAACAUUCCCAUGAAUGGAGGUGACAGGCUUUCCUGUGAGGACCUGCGUACCCUGGCAGUGAGAUAUCGUCAUGACAGCUCUGAGACUCUCACUGAUGAAAUUUUCUUUGCAGCCUCAGAUGGCACCCAUUUUGUAGAGUUCAUCCUGCAGGUCAAGGUGUUGCCUGUGAAUGAUGAGCUACCUGUUAUGCAAACAGGCCUUGCUCCCGUGCUCCCCUGCCUGGAGGGUGAAGAAGUUGUGCUCUCCUCGGAGUACAUUUAUGCCACAGAUGUGGACAGCAACGACAUGGAGCUGGUGUUCCUGCUGGCCCGCCAGCCGCACCACGGGCUAGUGAGGAGAGCGGGCGCUGCCGUGGAUCGUUUCUCCCAGGCUGAUGUUGUUGCUGGUUUAGUCACCUACAAGCACACCAGCGGUGAGAUUGGCCUGGCUCCUUGCAUUGAGAUCCUAACCUUGAUUGUCUCUGAUGGCGAGGCCGGCCUAGAUGUGACAGACUGCUGUUAUGAUGGACUUGCUUCCCCCCCAGUUUCACGUGAUGAUCCCUUUCCUGUCUAUGACCUUAACAUCACUGUGCUUCCAGUGGACAACCAGCCUCCAUCAAUUUUAACCGGUGCAAGCUUUGUGGUGGAAGAGGGCUCCUCAGCAGCCCUUACUACCAAACAUUUGUUUGCCACUGACCCUGACACCGCUGCAGAUGACUUACAGUUUGUGCUGGUUUCUCCUCCCCAGUUUGGUUACAUUGAAAACAUACUGCCUUCUCCUGGCUUUGAGAAGAGCAACAUUGGGAUAAGCAUAGGUUCAUUUCAGCUGAAGCAUCUGAAAGCCAUGAAUAUAAACUACGUUCAAGCCAGGCACGUGCGAAUGGAGCCAACAGAAGACAAAUUUGUACUUUAUGUCACUGAUGGGCUGCAUCGCUCAGCAGAGACUCCAUUUUUUGUACUAAUCAGUCCAACCAAUGAUGAAGUUCCAGAAUUCAUAGCCAGGAAUAUUACUGUUCAAGAAGGGGAGAUGAAAGAGCUGGAUCUGUCUGUUAUCAAUGCAGUUGAUCUGGAUGUGCCUCAAGACCCUCUGGUGUUUGGGGUUGUGCAGAUGCCCUCAUAUGGGUUUCUUAUUAACGGUGUUCAUGGCAGUGAUGUUCUGCACUAUAAAGAGUUAAUUAACCAUGAUCACCACAGCCAUGGGUUGCUUGUUCAUGCCUUUUCCAUGGAACUACUGAGGAAUGGAAUGAAGCUGAUGUACAUGCAUGACAACUCUGAAAAUCUCACUGACAGUUUUAAAAUUCAACUAUCAGAUGGAAAACAUAAAGUCCUCAGAACCAUUUCAGUAAACAUCAUUCCAGUUAAUGAUGAGAAACCAGCACUGAGCAAGAAGAACGAUAUAGAGGUGAACAUAGGUGAAACUCAUAUAAUUUCUAGUGCUGUUCUGUCAGCAGAAGAUAAAGAUACCCCCAGGGAGAGAAUUUACUACUUAUUUGAAAGACUUCCAGAAAAUGGUCAGCUUCAACUCAAGGUAGGACAAGGAUGGGUUACUCUCCUAACUGGAAUGAAGUGCACUCAGGAAGAGCUGGAUAUGAACCUUGUGAGAUAUGUCCACACAGGAACUGCAGGGUCCAAGAAAAAAGACAGCUUCACAUUUUACCUCUGGGAUGGGUACAACAGAUCUCCAGCUGUGGACUUCUACAUAAACAUCAAGGACUUGGAAAAGGGAGACAUUGCUGUUUUUACAAAACUCCUUAGAGUGCCAAAAGGAGACCACAGCUGCAUUACAACUGAUGUCCUCCUUGCAUUGGAUGGUACUGGCAGGCCAGAGGAGCUCCUUUAUGUGAUAACCUCCCCACCCCAGUAUGGACAAAUAGAGUAUGUCAGCUAUCCUGGCAUUCCCAUUACGAGCUUCAGUCAAAUGGAUGUAGCAAGACAAAUUGUCUGCUAUGUUCACAGAGCCAAGGCAGUUGUUCGUGAAGAUACAUUCAGAUUCAUCAUCAGCAAUGGACUGAGGACUAAGCAUGGGACAUUCAAGAUUGCCUUGGAGGCAGCUGACCAGGCUUUGCCCACUCUAUCUAGGAACAUGGGGUUAAGAUUAAGUGAAGGAGCUACGGCACUUCUUACUCCUGAUGUACUGCAGCUUUCAGACCCAGAUACUGCGAAAGAAAACCUUACCUUCCUCUUGGCUCAGCUCCCCCAGUAUGGUCAUCUCUAUUAUAAUGGGACUGUGCUACUGCAGUACAAUUUCACACAGCAAGAUGUGGACAACAGGGAUGUUGCAUACAAGCACCGAGGUGGGAAUUCCCAGACAGACAGAUUUACAUUUGUUGCCUCGGAUAGGACUAACCAAGGCUUCAUCGUGAAUGGGAGGGUGCAGAGAGAGCCGGUGACAUUCACCAUUCAGGUGGAUCAUUUGGACAAAAUGGCACCAAAAAUUACUCAUCUCCAUUGUUUUUCUGACGUGGAACUGCUGAAGAAUGGCAAUUAUGGGAUCUAUAUCACUGCCAGGUCCCUGAGGGCAUCUGACCCCAAUACAGAAGAUGACAAAAUAAUUUUUAAGAUUUUGCAAGGUCCUCAUUAUGGCUACCUGGAAAAUAUAAUGACAGGUGGAUUCAUUCAGGAUGGAUUUAGCCAAAAGGAUUUAAACAGCAAAAUCAUACUUUAUGUCAUCAACAAAUCACGAGAAGUGAAUUCAGACAACUUGGAGUUUCAAGUGACAGAUGCCAGUGGAAACUCUGCAGCACCUCAAAGGCUGGAGCUAUGGUGGUCUCGAAUUGAAAUGCUACAGACUGAAUAUGAGGUGUGUGAAAACACAGGAGUGGUGUCUCUGAAAAUCACCAGGGCAGGACACCUGGGGGAGUCUGCCUUUAUAACCGUGAAGGUCAAUGAAAUAUCUGCUAGGCUGGGAAAGGACUUCACAGUGACUCCAUCCAAGCUUGUUCAGUUUGAUCCAGGAGUGUCAACCAAGAUGUGGAAUAUAGCAAUUACCUAUGACGGAUUAGAGGAAGAUGAUGAAGUCUUUGAAGUAGCUCUGAACUCCCCUGUGAAUGCUGUUCUUGGCACACGGACAAAAGCUGUAGUGAAAAUUUUGGACUCAAAAGGAGGUCAGUGCAGCUAUUCCCAUUCUUCUGGGCAAAGCAAGCAUGACUUCUGGGGGAGAGGCACGCUAUUUCCAGUUUCCUCAGGCUCCUCAUCACCUUCCAGGCCUGGCAAUGUUUCCUUGGAAAGGAUCCCACUGCCUCCUUCCAAAGGGAUGAGAGGGCAUGGAGGGGAUCUGUGGCAGGAGCACAGCUCGGCGAAUCGGUCAAGGACCAGGCUGAGAGUAACUGGAAAUGGCAGAAUAGUUCCUCCUUCAUCCGUAUUUAGAAAUGAAACAGAUGUGAUUUUCAAAUAUCAUGGGAUUGUAUCACUCAAAAUAGAGGAUGACACCUCCUCAGCUGAAACCAACAAGAAAGCACAAACACAGAUAAAUGUAAUCUCCUCUAGAAAGACAGAAAUCCCACUGGCUGAUAAGGCAGAACUUGCAGCUGAACCAAGAUCAAGACAUAGGGACUUGAACACUUUUCAAAAGCCUUGUACACCAGAUUUAAAGGGUCUCUUGCAUUAUGAAGAAAGAACACAGAAAUUAUUUCAGUGUGAUGGGAUAUCAUGGAAAUUCUGGAAUUCCCAAGGCAAGGAGGUAACUAUGAAGAAAUGCCCCUCUGGAUGGACUUAUCAUGAGGGCAGCUGCUACUUCCUGGUGCUGAAUCACAGGGUCACCUGGAACAUCGCUGCUCAGGCUUGCAGAGAUCAGUACCUGGGGAGUCUAACAAGCGUAGCUAAUGAACAACACAUGCAGUGGCUGUGGGACUUCAGUGGGAAGAUGCCCUUUUGGAUAGGUUUGAAUGACCAAGUCAAUCCUGGACACUGGGAGUGGAAUGGAGGAGAGCCUGUAACCUACAUAAACUGGAGAAGAGGCUCCUACCACUUUUCAGUGAGAGGAAGAAAUUGUGUAUUUGUGCAGAAGCGAGGAAAAUGGCAAGCAACUGACUGCAAGAAGGUCAAACCAAACAGCUAUAUAUGUUCAAGAAAGUUGUAAUGGAUGGAGGAUGCCUCUGAAAGAAUAUGGACAUUCAUGCUAUUUCAGUAUGUUAGCUGUGUUAGAAAACCAUUCUAAUCAUUAGCAGGGCUUAUUUUAUAUGCUGCCAGAGGUGCAGAUGCACUGGCAACUAAUGAAGGUAUAGAGAUCAGAUGCAAAAACUAAGCCCAGGUUAAGGUUUUGAAAUCUCCCCAAAGACUUUGAUCUGUCACUUACCUAUGAGUAUUUUUAUACCAAAGAGCUGGGUCUCAAGGCUUUCAUCACACUUCUGUGCAAAAGUACUUUUUCUUUAAAGAAAGUACCAUGUCAAUUGAUUUGCUUGCCUCUUCAAGGAAGAGUUGUGAACUGCAGUUUUACUCUGCAGUCACACUAAGAGGAAUGCUGCUGGGGCUGGAAAUAAGGGUAGACAGUUGCCUAAAACCAGAUCUUUUGGGUGAUGAUUUGAGUAAUGUCAUGUAAGUACUGGAGUUUGUUUGGUGAAUACCUAAGUACAUCUUACAAAAGUACCAAUGGCUGGACACUGCCUGGUGACAGAGUACUAACAGGAGCAAGGCCUUGUAUUUCUUCUACCUCCCCAGGCCAGCUUCAGAACCUAAUGGAUCUGCCCACACCGAGUUGCAUCUGUUUCACAUCCCUAAGCAAAAAUUUUCUUUUUUUUUUCCUGGAACUGCAGGAUGGUGCUGUAAUUUUUAGUGUAAUUAAAUAAUAGGACAUCUCUAAAUCAAAUCUUACAGCAAAUGAUGAUUUAUUAAAAAAACCCACAACUUAAUCCUAGGAUUUUAUUUGGGGAUAGUCACUGAUACAUGAACAUCAAUAGGAUUUAUAUGUGUGUAUAAACCAAUGUAAUAAUGAGACAUAUUUUGUAGUAAAGCAGCUAUGGCUUUUGAAAAGUAUUAAUCUAAGUCCUUAUUAGGGAUUUUGAGGCUUUUAAAAAUAAUUUUUAAAAAUCCAGAUUUAUUUCUAAGAAUGGCUUAAAAAUCAGCAAUUAAUAGGAAAAAACCAGCUGGCCAGAACUUAUUAUUUUAGAAAAAUAUGGUUGCACUAUAACCAUUUUGUAACAAUAUAGUAGAUUUAUAUUUUACCCGUCAAAAGCUUGCUUUUUGAAAUUUUUACUGCCAGCCUUAAAAUUACAAAAAAAAAAAAAAACCCAAUCAACCAACGGACCAACC